CCAGUAGCAUAAAAUAACUAACAAACAACAAAAGUUUGAAGGCCAUAUAGGCCAUUGUUGUUCAAAUGUCUUUAGGCCUGACAAAAAUCAAAAUUCAGACUCAAAGCAAAAAGUAUCAACUCCCCUCUGAAUCCUCCUCUCAUUACCUCGUCACGACCCGGUUCGGUUCGGUUCGGUCUCGACUCGACGGCAGAGAUGCUAAUGGGCUGCGGAGACCGAUUACACUUUUUUUUACGCGGUUAAAAUUAGAAACUUCGCUGUGACGCUCGAGCUCCAUUGAACCGACCGACGCUCGCGGGAUGCGGAAAAGCUCGUGCGCGCGCACUGAUAAAGCCUCUCACACGUGCGCGGCGGAGGGAGAGAGAAAGAAAAAGGGACUCCACUCCACGGGGCGCAGGGACACAGCUGCGUGGGGAGACCUCGGGACUUUCUGUGGAUAAACAGAAUAUAUUGAAAGAAACACGCGGGACGGAUCCGCAGCCGCGCCCGGAACAGCAUUUAUUUGGAUUUGAUUUAAUUUUGUCUUGUUUCUCUGCAGUUUUCCAACACCUGGGGACUAAUUCUCCGCGCCGCCCACCAAAAUGCUGACUCCAUGCUGAGGGGUCGGGAAAUGAACACCUCGUCCUGCUGCGCCGCCCCCGUCGCCAUGUAUCAGCAGAGCUCAGGCUCUGACCUCAAUGCCAGCUGCGACCUCUCGGCUCCUCGCUGCAACUGGACGGCCGUGGACGGGACCCCGCAGCUGCCCACGUUUUCCACGGCGGCGAAAGUCAGAGUGAUCGUCACCUUCAUCCUGUGUGGCGUGUCCACCCUCUGCAAUGUGGCAGUGCUCUGGGCGGCCAGCGGCCACCGACGCAGAUCUCACGUGCGCGUGCUGAUCGUGAACUUGACCGCAGCCGAUCUCUUGGUCACCCUCAUCGUGAUGCCCGUGGACGCCGCGUGGAACAUCACCGUUCAGUGGCUGGCCGGCGACCUCGCCUGCAGGUUCUUGAUGUUCCUCAAGCUGCAGGCCAUGUACUCCUGUGCUUUUGUUACCGUGGUGAUAAGUCUGGACAGGCAGUCGGCGAUCCUCGACCCCCUGCAGAUCAGCAUGGCUCCGAAGAGGAACAGGGUCAUGCUGACGGUGGCGUGGAUAAUGGGCGCUCUUCUCUCCAUCCCUCAGGUCUUCAUUUUCCACAACGUGACGAUCACCUAUCCAGCAAACUUCACUCAGUGCACCACUAGGGGGAGCUUCGUCACUCACUGGCAGGAAACUGCCUACAACAUGUUCACCUUCUCCUGGCUCUUCCUGCUGCCUCUGGCCAUCAUGAUCACCUGCUACAGCCGGAUCUUCAUCCACAUCUCCAAGCAGAUGACAAAAAAGAAUGUGUCCUCUGAUGAACCGCGUCUCCGCUGCUCAAAGAACAACAUCCCAAAAGCUCGGAUGAGAACUCUGAAGAUGAGCGUCGUCAUCGUGGUCUCCUUCAUCGUCUGCUGGACUCCGUACUACCUGCUGGGACUCUGGUACUGGUUCUUCCCCGACGACCUGGAGGGGAAAGUCUCGCACUCCCUCACCCACAUCCUGUUUAUCUUCGGGCUUUUCAACACCUGCCUCGACCCGAUCAUCUACGGCCUCUUCACCGUGCGCUUCAGCAGGAGGCCGAGGAGCCGCUGCAGCAGGGCCACCGUGAUCUCCAGACUGGACGCCAAGCCGGCGACGGCGGAGUCCGUGAAAUGCACUCUGCCUGGAGGAUCCGCGAAGGGUGGAAGGGACGGCAGCUGUGAACCAAAUGAGCAAAAAUCCACCGACAGCAGGCUCUGAAUGCGUGCAUCCACUGACGAUGGGGGGGGACAGAAAGCAAUAUAUGAAGAGAAACAAAAGCAAGAAAUGUAACUUUUAUUUGUCAUUGUUACUGGACUCA